UCACUUUGGCUUUCAGUUUUUGUGUGUGUUAUAAUCUUAAUCCUUCACCGUUCAAUUCUUUCAGUGUUGGUUUUUUUUUUUUUUUUGAAAAAUAACCAAAAAAUUUUAAAACCCCUCCAAAGAUUACGCAUUGCAUUAAUAAACACUAAUCCUCGCUCAUCUUAUCUUUCAUAUUCUCUCUCUCUCUCUCUCUCUCUCUCUGUGUCUGUGUGUGUGAGAGAGAAUUGCUUCAAGGAGUUUCAAUGGCGACCAAUAUAGGAAUGAUGGACAGCGCGUACUUUGUAGGAAGGAAUGAGAUAUUGACUUGGAUUAAUAACAGACUUCAGCUUAAUCUCUCUCGGGUUGAAGAGGCUGCAUCUGGUGCUGUGCAAUGUCAGAUGAUGGACAUGACCUAUCCAGGUGUUGUUCCAAUGCACAAGGUGAAUUUUGAUGCAAAAUCAGAAUAUGAUAUGAUCCAAAAUUAUAAGGUUCUGCAGGAAGUAUUUAACAAGUUGAAAAUUGAUAAGCAUAUUGAAGUCAACAGGCUAGUUAAAGGACGACCUUUGGACAAUUUGGAGUUCUUACAAUGGCUGAAACGCUACUGUGAUUCUGUAAAUGGUGGCAUUAUGAAUGAGAAUUAUAAUCCUGUUGAGCGAAGGUGUAAGGGUGUGAAGGAUCGGAAUCCUAAGGGGUCUCAGAAGAACCCAAGAUCACUGCAAACAAAUAAUAUGCACAACCAUGGUUCUGGUGACACAGUUGGUCUUAAUAAAGCCUCUGGGUUCAGGCAGGGGAAGACAUAUGCAGCACCAGUUGCUAAUUCUUCAGGGGAGGUUCAGGCUCUGUCCCAGGAGAUUACUGAUCUCAAGUUCUCUGUGGAUCUUUUGGAAAAAGAAAGAGAUUUUUACUUUGCAAAAUUAAGGGAUAUAGAAAUUCUCUGCCAGACUCCUGAUCUGGAGAAUCUCCCGAUGUCAGUUGCAGUUAAGAAGAUAUUAUAUGCUGCGGACGCAAAGGAAUCUGCACUUGCUGAUGCUCAGGAGUAUCUGUCCCAAUUUACAACUUCUACUGAAGCUGAAGUUGAAGCUGAAAUUGAAGCCGACGCCUGAGUGUUAUGAUUAACAGAUGAGGUUCUUUCCUGUAAAUCGUAAGACACUUGCAGGGCCUUCUGGCUAGUCAAGCUUCAUGCCUUUACUCGAUCAUGAGAUACUAGUGAUAUUUCACUUAGCUUCUUCAGCAACUAGUUACUGUUUAUGAAAGGCUUGUAGUUUUAUUUAUGUCUACUUGUAUCUGCUGGAUAGGAAAAGUAACUAACCUAAAAAUAAUGGAUUGAAUUUCUUCUUUCCGUUUUCUUGCUGGAACCUCAUUUUAGGGGAUUGGUUGGUCACCCACAACUUGCUCUGUUAAGGCAAGUUUUUAUUUAUAAAGUAUUAUUUGGUACAGAA